AUGAGCAUGGCGACCGCGGCGACCGCGGCGACAGUGAGCGCCGGCUUGGUGCUUGCCUACAGGCCUCCGUGUCUUUGCUCGACCUCCGCGGCUGAGGAUCUGGCUCUGUCGGCGGAUGAUGAAGAUCUUCUGCUGUCCGUUCUGGAUGCUGGAAUGCGCACCCUGCGCGGGUGGUCACAGGAACCAGCAUCUUGGUGGGAUGAAAGUAAAGUCGUCAAGCUUUCCGAUCUGCAAGAUGCCGUUCACUGUGCCAAGAGGAUGGAGGGGUUUCCUGUAAGGCUGCACAUGGUAAGUGCAGUAUGGGAUGAUACAUCCCUGGACGAGCUGCUGCUGCUGACAGAGGUAUCCGAGAAAUGCCUCAAGUUAAGCUUCGACCCUGCUUUGGACUCCAUUGUGACUCGCAAGCACGUCGGUCGUAAGGGUCCAAAAGCCCGUUUGAUCCGUACUAUCACAAAACCAAUGCUAUUGGGUCUCAUCUCUGCUCGCGAAGUUGAUUCGCUUGUGCGAGACCCCGCUGCCCAGCCCGAUGGAUCAAUUCUUGGCGGUUCCCUUGGCUUGCAGAGUCCGCUACUGGUGGAGAAGAUCAGACAGAAAGAUGCUCUGAAGACUUUGUCGUCGGCACCACCAACACCGGGUAGGAUUCGCGCGAUCGACCACACGAGUGGUUACAUCUUCGAGCCUAUGGAUGCAGGUGCUCGCUCGGGAUCUGGAGUGAGGGGCAAGUGGAAGGUCUACUCCAUUUUCCUCAGCGAAGCCGGAGGAGGUGUGCCUACCUGGGCAGCUGAGAAGGGAGUAGCAAAGGCAAUAGAGGAUUGGUUCGUGUGCGCCCGCAAGCAGCAGCACCUGCUGCGCAAUCGGUGA